GUAUGAAACUUUAAUCUAUGUUCAGGUUAUUGAUCUUUAUUAUUAUAGAAGUUUUCAAAUUCAUUUGUUGACUUGAUCGAGGAAGGUUUGGAGUGAAAUGUGGAAUGCCAUGCCUCGGUCAAUAUUUUUAAAAGUUAUUGUAAACACUGUCUUUUAAAUUGGGAUAUGUAAGUAAGACUUUUAGAGAUCUUGUGUGAAAUUUGAGGCGUUGAAUGUUUUCGAAAGUGAUUUUCGGUCAAAAGUCAAUGAUGAAGCUUGCAGAAGAUCUUAAUGGUUUACUUUGGAAAAUAGCAACGUAGUUUGUUGGACAUUGGGGAGGGAAAGAUCCAAGAGGUGCUUACCUCGAGAUGGUGGAGGAGUAUUUAGCACAUGUCCAAAAAUCAGACUGGAUUGAGCGACUUCACUUAUGUAGAAAGGUAGAGAAAUAACUUUGCCGAACAUGAGUAACAGGAAAUUCCUGUGUAAUAUUAAAAUAUAGUUAAACGUUUAAUUGAAAUGUACAAAAUCGAUGUGAUUUUGAUUGAAAAACAUCUAUUGCUGCAUGGAUAAAGCUAUGCGCGACAUUAAAGACGUAAUAAGUCAUAUAUAUUCCGUGAUCUACCAAGCUUUUGUAGAAGGCAAUGCGACACUAGAAUCGCUCAGUGCGCUCCAGUGAAUUUCAAUUCCAAAGGAUAUUUAUUUCUGGCUGGCUGGCAAAAAUGUAUUAAUUCCUAUCAUUUAUGCAAAUCAAACAUUAUUGAUGUUUUAUCACAAAUACAAAAACCAAUAAUUCCAUUUAAAAUCUGUAAGUUGAAAUCUAAUUUUGACCGAUUGCCAAAAACGCUGACUUUGUGAAUACGAUUGAUUAUUAAAGAUGUGUGUAUAUUAUAUUAACACUUAAGGACGUUCUGAAAUCAUUUGUUAAAUCUCAUCAAGCUAUAAAACAAUACAAAUGGACACGGACUAGCCUUGUUUUGGCUAGCUAGUUAUGAUUUGACCGCGAUUAAAAUGCAAUAUUAUUAAUAAUCGGAAAGAACAUUUAUUGGACACGAAAUGUAAGGUUGUUUGAAGGAUUAGCCGGCCGUGCCGAUAGAAUUAAAUCUGAAUUAAGUCAUUUAGGACAGCCAUAGUGAAAUGUUGAAAGAACUCAGCUGAAACUGAGGACAUUGUUAAAGUGAAGUCAGUUCUUACAAACGACAUGAUGGAAUAAUUAAUAGCGCUCUUGAUAACACUGGAACUAAUAAAUUUUAAGUAAAUCGAUGAGUUUAAUGCACGGAAUCAUAUUUCUGUUUCAUUUUGAAGUGAUCAAUAUUUGAAAAGUGACAGGUAUUUAAUUAUUAAACAUUGAACAUUUUGUCGUUAACAAACAUGUGGCAUUGUGAAAAGGAAUUAGGUUAAUAAGAGAAUCUUUACACGCGUUAAGUGUGUGGAUUGAUCAAAUGCUUUAUGGUAUAUUGCCAUGUAAAUGACCAACACUUAGACGUGUAUAACAUGCUAUAGAGGGCAAUAGCGUCAAACAAAAGCGAAAGGACAGUACAAAGUUCUUGAUUACCGCGGCCUUGACCUUGUGAGAACGGGUUCAGUCAUGGGCGAUAAUCCAGCCAUACCAUCAAACCCGAACCAACGAAAGCUCCCCAUUCCAAGCUCCGGUGCCAAUACAAACUCCGCACUGAAAGGAAUCUUGAUAAAACCCAAGCGAAUACUUCCACCGCAGCCUGAUAGCCAAAAAUUGAAAAGAGCCAUUCAGGAGACUAGUUCUGAAUACAGAACGGACGAUUCAUUGAACAGUGUGUCGAAAUCGGGAUUAACAUCAUCAGCUCGAGGAGAGGCUGCCAGUGCCGGGACGCCUGCCGUGAAAGUGGCCGUGCCUAAACUGCAGAUCGACGUUGAUCGAUUAAAGUCCUACUUUCAGCUUCAAGGGAAUGCUGUUGUCAGGAAGGAAACACGUAAAACCGACUUGAAUGAAAACGACAUAAAUCUGGAGAACAACCCCAGCCAGCCACCACCUGCUGAGAGCGUGGGUGGUGCACAGCCAUUGGUUUUGCAGGCAAGUGCGACAGAUGGUCUGUCAAAAGUUAAGGAAUGGUGCUCUUCCAGGGAGAUUGACAUACGGGUAAAAAUGACAUCGGAAAAUAAAACUCCAGAGAGAAGUAUACGGUCCCCUUCGCCUAAAAGUAACACGACAUGGGACCGCAGUAGUUCCGGAUACAGCAGCGAUGAGCGGGCGGAUCCGCGGUCCCCGCCGCCGUGCCACAGCGGCAGCGUCAGCGUGAGCUCCAAGACGGAGACGGAGGCCACCAACGAAGAUGACGUCUCCGUCAGUCACGCUGAUGACGCCUGUCCGGAGGAUAAGUCUGACGAUGAAGACGAUAGUGAACUAAACAAUGAUGUUGACACGUUGAAAGCUACUGAUGAUUUAUCUACAAUAAAACUCACUGGCAAUUCAAACAGUUGUAGUGCUGAUGAUUUGUUGACAUCUGAAAAUGAGUGUAGUGCUUUGACUUUGACGCCAACUCCGGCGGUCUUGGAUAUUGAUAUUAGUACUUCCGGACAGUGUGAUACCUGUGAGGCAGUAAGUAGCCAAGGUGUCGAGAAAGGUGAUACGACCAGUUCAUGUGUGAACUUUUCCUUUGACCAUCCGGUCGGAGUAAAGAAACGCCCGGUGGGUACAGCGUUACCAAACCCUCCUGGAAACGGUGCUCGGCGAAUCCAGUAUAACAAAUCUUUAAGUGAAUCUGUGAUAAGCUUACGGCACCCUGGAAGGCAGGGCAUUGCUGAAAACUUUGAUGGACUCGAGGUGUGUGGGAAAUCCUUAUCGCAAGCAAGCAACGCGGCUACAAAGUCGGAUAUCAAUACACUGGAGGGUCGGGCGGAGAAGGAUACUGGCUCCGUAGCGUCAGCUUUCACGUACGUGGAGCGGUCGCUCGUGGCAGUUGAACAGGGCUCGGCCGACGGGACGGAUUCCCCGCGGCCCCGGAUCAUGCGACCGCCCAUUGUCACUUGCAGAAGCCCGCGAGAUCCACGGGAUCCCAAAAACCUCGGUAUAGUCACGCUUGGGAUUAAACAAGACAUCCGAAAGACGCUGCACGAGCUGAGCUCCCCGCGGCGCCACUCCCCAGGUCCCAAGACUGUGCCAAUCAGAGCUCGCCAUCCCAUCUUCGUCACUUCCGCUAAUUCAAACCAGCCAAUCGGCAGCACUGACACUGUACCGGCCCAGCCAAAUAUUACGCAUGGGGCCAAUAAUUUGAGAACUUCUGUGAUUGAAUCUAAUCCUGUAGGUAUGAAGUUUUUCGCGGGGAAGAAAAUGUGGCGGGCUCCUUCCGGUCAGCCCGAGAACGCGCAGACGAGGCCCUUCUCACCGUUCGGAGGGACGCUUCCGCCCGCGAAAAUCAAGGAACAAGAGAAGAAAAGGCACCACCUGGACGAGUCUGACUGACAACAGUGACCCACGCGGCCUCUGUGUGACGCCGAACGUUCCUCGUCGCUCAUCUCCAACCCCGGGGAUGUGUGCGUUAAGCCAAAUUUACGAAGUGAAACUUUUCACUGAAUUGUGCCAGUAAGGAUAUGUGGAGUACGUGCAUUUGCUGAACAUAAGUGCAGUUUUCGUGUUUAGCUUAUGCUGAUAAGCCAAGACUUAUUAACAAAAUACGCAAAACAUCAUUGUCAUAGUUCACAGCCAUUGUCAAAACACCAUCGAUAAUUACUUAUGUACACCGGCAUAUUUGAAAUCUAGUUUACCAUAUACGUACAUGUUUAAAAGGCAUACGUAGCCGAUUCAUCAGAAUCGUACUGCUGACCGAUGCACAGAAACGAACGUAUUGAAAUUUGUUAAUAAAAUAUACAGCGACUGAUAUUGCCAAUAUACCUCAAAACCUGACAAAUUUAAUUGCUGCAUUUAACGACGCCGGUUAACCAUGCAUGUAUUAUUCAUUUACAAUCAGAAGAUACAUGCUAUCAUCGACAGUAAAAUCGCGAUAGUUAUUUGUUGAGCAUAAAACAGCUCAUAAACAUUUUUUUGAUCUUUAAAAAUAAAUAUAAAAUAAUGAUAGAAAAAGCUUAUGAGGUGGUUUACUUUUUAUCCUUUACCGGGAUUAAAGUAUGAUGAAUUUUAAAAGGAUUAACCGUUUAAAACAUAAUCGUGCUCUAAGAACGAAAAACGUCAAAAUCAAUAUUCCACUCGUAUUGCUUUAGUUAUAAGGAACGCCUUCUAGUAUUUCAUAAUUUGAUGAGCCACAGCAAACAGAUCGUUUAUGCAGGUAUUCAUUCUCAGUCUUUGUUUAUUGUCUACCCAAUGCAUUAUUUGCAUUAAAACGACCUUUUAUUUUGUCUGUGAAUACGUUCAACUUGUGAUAUAGAUAAACAGUGAUAUUCUGUAUACACCAUUUUAAGUGCAUUGCUUUGUAAAUAGCAAUAUAAUUUAUUUCUUUUAAUUAAAAUAUCCAACUUGUUUUCAACAAAUGAUUUAUACAACGCAGCCAUUUGUUAGAUAUUGUGCCAAAGAGAAUACACCAAAUACUGAACAGAAUUUAAGAAAAGUUGCUCAAGCAAAACCUUAAAAACAAAUAGGAUUUUCAUAAAACAUGAAUUGCCAAUGUAUGAGACUACACAUAUUCUGUUUAAUUUUGUAUUUUUGUUUUGUUUUCAGUACCCUUAUAAUACUUGGUCAUUUCUACUUGGCAUUUGUAACAUUACUCUCAAAAUUGAAUAUUUGCCAUCCCUUAUCAACAGUCGGAUAAUAGAACAUCUGAAUUGAAUCUAGUAUUCUUGGUAGUACCUGUUUUAUGUAAUAAUGUUUUACUGGUCAUUUGUGACAAAACUGAAAUUAAUUUACAAGUAAAACUUUAACUGUUCAUAUAUGAAACCAAAUGUGUUUUUUUAUCCUACCGGCGGUUGUGAUACACUUCGCAGGUUUAGUUCAGGAAGGUUGUAACUUAAUAUAGAAAUCGAAGGUGUUACAACAUUUUUGUGUGCAGCCAUCGACUUGUUGAUAGGGGGCCCCUAAUGUUAUAGCCAUUAUAUUGUACAAUAACCAUAGCGUUACCAACUGCUUUAGUCACAUAUGCAUUUGUUAAAAUCCACUGUGUUUGUUGCUGUUCAAUUAGUUUGCAUUUAGAUAUUUCAAUCGUUGAUAAGUUCAUCUAUUUCCUACUCUGUAUUUAAUAUGUAGAUUUGCCAAAGCUCUUCAACUGAAAUGCUGUUACAUAUAAGUGGUGACUAUUUAUUGAAAGUUUGCUAGUCUGUUCGUGUCCAUAGCAUUUAUGUGUUGUAUUUAUAUUGGUUGAUAUUCUAUUAAAGUUGUUACACUGAUCAAAUGGAUAUUUCUAACUUAUUUUCACAUAAUAAAAUAACUG